CGGGGGCAUGAGUCAGGGGUUUGCAAGCUGCCCCUGGGGCGAAGGAGCAAGAACCUGGCGCUGCCGGAGCAGGUGUGAGCUCGGCUGGGCUGGUCGCAGAGGGCACCGCAGCUGCAGGAGUUCCUGGAGGCACCCCAAGGCUCGUGAGCAGGCACCCGCGGUGCGGGUUAUGCUGGGGGCUCGGAUCCCUGAGAAAAGUCGGACGGUCGGGUCGGCACCAUGGGGGAUUUGCGGGAGGAUUAUGAAGAGGGACUAGAAGAGAUUCUAGAGGAGGAGGAGUAUGAAGACCCAGGCGUGCCCGCGCCCCAGGUGGAGGAGCCUGAAGCGCACCUCACCGAGCCGCCGACCACCGUAGACUACCACACCACUGUGCAGCCAGGCACCCACGAGGUCUACGUGGAGCUGCAUGAACUGGUGAUGGACGAGAAGAACCAGGAGCUUCGGUGGAUGGAGGCCGCGCGCUGGGUGCGGCUGGAGGAGAACCUCGGCGGGGACGGGGCCUGGGGCCGCCCACACCUGUCUUACCUCACCUUCUGGAGCCUCCUGGAGCUGCAGAGAGCCUUCGCCAAGGGGACCGUCCUCCUGGAUCUGCCGGAGACCUCGCUGGCUGGAGUGGCCAACCAGCUGCUGGACGGGUUUAUCUACGAGGAGCAGAUCCGGCCUCAGGACCGGGACGAGCUGCUCCGGGUCCUGCUGCUCAAACACAGCCACGCCGGAGACCUAGAGGCCCUGGGGGGUGUGAAGCCCACGGUCCUGACGCGUUCCGGGGACCCCUCAGAGCCGCUGCUCCCCCAGCAACCCUCGCUGGAAACUCAGCUCUUCUGUGAACAGGGAGAGAGGGGCACAGAAGGCCGCUCUCCAUCUGGAAUUUUGGAAAAGAUCCCUCCGGACUCAGAGGCCACCCUGGUGCUCGUGGGCCGAGCCGCCUUCCUGGAGCGGCCGGUGCUGGGCUUCGUGCGGCUGCGGGAGCCCACAGAGCUGGAGGACGCGGUGGAGCUGCCGGUGCCCGUGCGCUUCCUGCUCGUGCUGCUGGGGCCCGAGGCCCCUCACACGGACUACAGCCAGCUCGGCCGGGCCGCUGCCACCCUCAUGUCGGAGAGGGUGUUCCGCAUGGACGCGUACCUGGCGAAGGGUCGGGGAGAGCUGGUGCGCUCGCUGGAGGGCUUCCUGGACUGCAGCCUGGUGCUGCCCCCCUCGGACGCACCCUCAGAGCAGGCCCUGCUCAGCCUGGUGCCCGUGCAGAGGGAGCUGCUGCGCAGGCGCUACCUGCCCAGCCCCGCCAAGCCAGACCCCGGCUUCUACAAGGGCCUAGAUUUAAAUGGGGGUCCAGGGGUGCCUGGUGGCCCAGAUGACCCUCUGCAGCGGACAGGCAUUUUCUUCGGGGGCCUAGUGCGUGACAUAAAGCGCCGCUACCCUCGCUACCUGAGUGACAUCACGGACGCCCUCAGCCCCCAGGUCCUGGCUGCCGUCAUCUUCAUCUACUUUGCCGCCCUGUCACCUUCCGUCACCUUUGGCGGCCUCCUGGGAGACAAGACCCAGAACCAGAUGGGCGUGUCGGAGCUGCUCAUCUCCACGGCGGCGCAGGGCAUCCUUUUCGCCCUGCUGGCGGCUCAGCCCCUGCUCGUGGUCGGCUUCUCAGGGCCUCUGCUCGUGUUCGAGGAAGCCUUCUUCUUGUUCUGCGACAGUAACGGCUUGGAGUACCUCGUGGGUCGUGUGUGGAUCGGCUUUUGGCUCAUUCUGUUCGUGGUGCUGGUGGUGGCCUUCGAGGCCAGCUUCCUGGUCCGCUUCAUCUCCCGCUACACCCAGGAGAUCUUCUCCUUCCUCAUCUCCCUCAUCUUCAUCUAUGAGACGUUCGUGAAGCUGGUCAAGAUCUUCCAGGACCACCCGCUGCAGAAGAAUUACAUCCACAACGUGACGAUAGGGUCCAAACCUCAGGCCGCCCUGCCCAACACAGCGCUCCUCUCCCUCGUGCUUAUGGCCGGCACCUUCUUCUUCGCCAUGACGCUGCGCAAGUUCAAGAACAGCUCCUACUUCCCCGGCAAGCUGCGACGGGUCAUCGGGGACUUCGGGGUUCCCAUCUCCAUCCUGAUCAUGGUCAUUGUGGAUUACUUCAUCAAGGACACCUACACCCAGAAACUCAACGUGCCUUCGGGCCUCAAGGUGUCCAACUCCUCCGCCCGGGGCUGGGUCAUCCACCCGCUGGGCUUGUACUCCGAGUUCCCCAUCUGGAUGAUGUUCGCCUCCGCCCUGCCUGCACUUCUGGUCUUCAUCCUCAUCUUCCUCGAGUCCCAGAUCACCACGCUGAUCAUCAGCAAGCCGGAGCGCAAGCUGAUCAAGGGCUCCGGCUUCCACCUGGACCUGCUGCUGGUCAUGAGCAUGGGCGGGGUGGCCGCUAUCUUCGGGAUGCCCUGGCUCAGCGCCACCACUGUGCGUUCUGUCACCCACGCCAACGCCCUCACCGUCAUGGGCAAGGCCAGCACCCCGGGGGCUGCGUCCCAGAUCCAGGAGGUCAAGGAGCAGCGGAUCAGCGGGCUCCUGGUCUCUGUGCUUGUGGGCCUGUCCAUCCUCAUGGGGCCCAUCCUGUCCCUCAUCCCCGUGGCCGUGCUGUUUGGCAUCUUCCUCUACAUGGGGGUCACGUCCCUCAGUGGCAUCCAGCUCUUUGACCGCAUCUUGCUUCUCUUCAAGCCACCCAAGUACCAUCCAGACGUGCCCUAUGUCAAGCGGGUAAAGACCUGGCGCAUGCACUUGUUCACGUUCAUCCAGAUCAUCUGCCUGGUGGUGCUGUGGAUGGUGAAAUCCUUCCAGAGCACCUCCCUGGCCCUGCCCUUCAUCCUCAUCCUCACGGUGCCCCUGCGGCGCUUCCUGCUGCCACUCAUCUUCCGGAACCUGGAGCUCCAGUGUCUGGACGCUGACGAUGCCAAGCCAAGCUUCGAUGAGGAGGAAGGUCGGGAUGAGUACGACGAGGUGCCCAUGCCCGUGUGAGAGGAGGACCUGGGCACCGGACCUCCCCGCCACUCCACCGCUCCGCUCUCUCAGGAAACGCAGAAGUUCGGGGGCAACGCGUGGACUCCCAGGGCCCCCCUGGGGCAGCAGCGGAGGCCCCACGGCUGUGGGUGGGGGAAGGAUGGGGUGUCUAGGAAACCUUCCGCAAUGGCUGGGCUGGCUUUUCUGGCUGGACAUGGCCAGUAGAGCCCACAUGAGGGCAUUCAUGUUACAGCGCCCCCUGCUGCUGCACUGCCACAUGGGGACACCUGCUGGGAGACUUAGAUCUGGGCUCCACUUCCUCAUGACACAGACAGGGGGCGCUCGUGAGGGAGGGCGUGGGGAGGGUGGAUUCAAGUUCCCUGCUUGCUGUGUGGCCUAGGGCAAGUCCCUUAACCUCUCUGGCCUCUGCUUCCUCUUCUGCAAAAUGGGCAUUGGAUAAUAAUUCCCCCAUUACAGGGUGGAUGCUGAGGUCUAAAGGUAAAUUCGAACAAAGGGCUUCGUAAACUCUGAGAGGACUAUCAGGCUGUAGCCGUCAUUCUUUGUCAAGCCUGCCCAAGGCCACACAGCUCCCGAGCCACACAGCUGGGGUUAGAACCCGGUCUCCUGGUCCCGAGGCCAGAGAUCUGUGUGCUCCGCUUCAGUCUUCCGCCUCCCGUGCUUAGUGAUGCCCCUGAGGCUGUCCCUUCCCCUCCUCUGCCCCCACCCCCUACCGAGGGACCCUUUUCUCUGCGGCGGAGAAAGGAGUCCGGGGGAGGACAAGGUGCGGGGGGGGGGGGGGGGC